GGGUUUGGAAUUAUUUAACAUUAUACUGUUAUGCUCUAACAUGGCCAGCUAAUUGAGAAAGGGUCUUCUCUAACUGCCAAGCAAGUAUUGCAGCUAAAUAGAAGCAUCCUACAGGGAUUUCGAGCCUUCAAGGUAUAUUCGAAUUUCACACAAUGAAUGUAAGAACAUAUGUUGUGAUUUUAGUUUUCUGGGUUGUCCUCACCUUUGUCACUCCGGUGCUGAUACGUCUAUCUGCCUCUGCUAAACAUCACCUGGAACUUCAUGAAAGCAAAAGCAAUUCUCGUAGUGACGACAAGCAAAAUGAGAGUAUCUUAGACUACAAAAAUAGGGUUGCGGAAGAGCAAUACAAGGGCCGCAGAGGGAUAGAAGUGGGGAAGUUGCCUAGAAGGGCACUCGUGACUGCAGCAAUUUCUCCGGCACCUUCUCCGGCACCAAAAUCAGCUGUGAAGAGGGGUGUUUUUCCAUUGAUAGGAUUUAUUUUGGAAUGAUUGUGGGGAUCAUUUGGAGCAAAUUUCAGCAGUAGAAAACGCUUAUUGGAUGAAAUGUCAUGACAAAUUCUUGGAACUUGAGACAAAUUCGUAUGUGGAUUGAAUUCCCAGAAGCAAUAUAGUUAUUUUAUGAUUGUAAUUAUUAAAUAUUGAGUGAAAUUCAAAGAAAUAAAGAAGGAACCAAUUGUAAAGAUUCAA